UGAGAUAACUUCAUAACUUGACAGAAUAACAAUGUUGGAAAGGAUCUUAAAAGUCUUCUAGUCCAACGCUCUUCUCAGGCAGGAAAACUUAGGAGUUGCCACCACCUUUUCUGCAAUUUUAAGAAGCACACUUAGGAGUUGAUUUAGGUCAUGACUGCUCCAAAGUACUCAAGGCUCAAAUGAUUCUACAAAUUAGAGCCAAAUCAGACUUUGGUGGAACAUGUCCAUCUUUUCAUGUGUGGCCUGCCAUAGCAGUAUCUAUGUUAACAUAGUGGUGGGCAGCCUUUUUGUGGCUAAGGGCCAUGUAUUUACAGUAUAUUUUUUGGAUGGGCUGAAGGCCAUAGUGGGCAAGAUAGUGAUUACACCCUUAAAACUAUGGCAAUAAAGUGGAGAAAGCCUAUUUAUGUGGGGGGUUUCCCUGAGAUUUGGAGAAUCUGGAGAUUUUCUUUAUUCUUUAAACCAAAACUUUUUAAAAUAGUUUAUAAUGUGGUGGAGGUUUGUGUGCGUAUUUGGGUGUGUGGUAUUUUGUGUGUGUGUUUGGGAGGGGUGUGUGCUCUCGAGUCAGUGUUGAUUCCUCAUGACUGCUCGAACUAGUCCCACAGUGUUCUUGCUGAUUUGCUAUUGCCUCCUUUCCAGGGCUGAGAGAGAGUGACUGGCCCACCCAGCUGGAUUUCUGCCUAAGACAGGACUGGAACACACAGUCGUCCAGUUUCUAGCCUGAUGGCUUAAUGGCUACACAACUGGCUAUCCAUCCUUUCCUACCCCAUUUUAAUGUUCUGGAAGCUUCCGUCUUUUCUAUACUUCCUGAGAAGCCAAGCUGGUCCAGGCUGCCAACUGUCACCACGUGGCAGAUGUUAAUCUGGGCAAAGGAGGAGAGAUUUAUUCUACCGAUGUCACUGCCAGGAGAAGAGCAAAAAAGGUCUGGAUGGGGGAGGGGUCGGAAAUGAAGAAGAGAUGAUCCCUUUCUCCCUCUAUAAAUCAGCCUCUUCCAAAGUGCUGUUUUUUCUGCUGCUGAAGAUUGGGUGCCAAGCAGACUGGCUGGGGACUUGGUGACUGGACCAGGAACCACAUCUCUCUGCACCAUGCAGAACAGCCUGGGACCCGCUUGCAUCUUCUUGCGCAAGAACAUUGCUGACAAGCAGAGGCAACGUGAACUGAGUAGCGAUGAAAUUGAAGAACUCUGUGAAGCCUUUCAGGAGUUUGACAAGGACAAAGAUGGAUAUAUCAGCUGCAAAGAUCUGGGCAACCUCAUGAGAACAAUGGGUUACAUGCCAACUGAGAUGGAACUCAUAGAAUUGUCUCAACAGAUCAACAUGAAUCUUGGAGGACAUGUUGCUUUCGAGGACUUUGUAGAACUAAUGGCCCCAAAACUGUUGGCAGAAACAGCGGGCAUGAUCGGCCUUCAAGAGAUGAGAGAUGUCUUCAAGGAGUUUGACGCAAAUGGGGAUGGCAAGAUCACUUUGACUGAGCUGCGACAGACCAUGCAACGGUUGAUGAGUGAGACAAUGACCCCUGAAGAGGUUAACGAUAUGGUGAAGGAAGCUGACAUUAAUGGAGAUGGGACUGUGGAUUUUGAAGAAUUUGUCUCGAUGAUGUCACGCUGAUGCAACCAUUGGCCGUCCUCUGCUUCCAAGGAGUGAAAAUACACACUGCACUUUAAAAAAAAAAAUGUGCAUUUUUUUUACUUCUUGAGUUUCAAAAAAAAAAAGUAUGCUCGCACAAUUUUUUGUACCCCAUAGUCAAAUUCUAAUCUGCUUCAAUAAGAAGCAUUGUGAAAAUGCUGCCUUUAUUUUCUACCUGAUGUCACAAACCAGAAAAGGAGGAAAAGACCAAAGCCUGUCUUUAAAAUCCAAAGAGGCAAGGUUAAGAAUGUGGGCAGGUGCCUGACAGAGUAGCCACCUUUUGAAUUGCCCAAAUGACAGGUUACUCAAGUGGAGAUGCUCCCUCUGGGUAAUCUGACAUUCAGGCUAUUUUUGUACUACCCAACUUCCAGAAGACCAGGAGAACUGUCUUAAAAAUGGCCAUCUGAAAGGCUGGUGGGAUGGAGGAGAGGUGUGGGAUAAAGUAGUGAGAGAGCUUCCUCCUGCUUUAUCCUGGGCCUUUUCAUCUCACUAUCAACCAAGUUAUUUUUGGACAUAGCUUUACUAAUAUUCCAGAAAUUGACUGGAAUAUUAGUAUAGUUUUAGACUGGUGUCCAAAACUAUCUCUGUGGACAGGUCAGUGGGAUAGAAGAGGCAUGUGAGUUUAAGAGAAGGAAGUUUGCAGGGCACAUCAAUGGAGCUUCUCCCUAGUUCAACCAUUGUGUUCCACCAGCCUAUCAUCCAAUCUACUUUUGGAUACAGGUUUACUGAUCUUCCUGUUGCUUGGGUUAGAAGGGGAAACUUGCAGAACUCUUUCUCCAUUUCAUUUCAGCUGCCAAUUAUCUCAAAAUGCCAGUGCUGGCAGUAUUUGGCCAUUGCUAGCAGCUCCUACAAGUAUCCAAUAGAAUACACAAAAUGACUUUGGAGAUGUAAAAGGUCCCUAUUCCUCAAAAAAUGAAGAUAGUAGAAACCAUGGCUGUGUAAGACCCCUUAUUGGCAGGAUCUGUGGAAAAUCUGUAAUGCACUUAUUUGGAACAGAACCAACAACCCACAGCUAGAAAAUCCCAACUCUCAUUUCUAGUUUAAAUUGAACUUAUACAAUGAUAGUUCUGAUUUUUAAUGAAGAUUUACACUUUUCCCCAAGACUGCUAAAUGCAUGUUAAAAACAGAAUCUGUGGUGUUGCAGAAGAAUGCCAAAUCUUUAUAUAAGAAGUGAAUGUAAUGUAAUUGGUGCUUUGUGAAAUACUGGAUAGGCAUUAUUCGACAGUUGCCUCUGUGGAAACCAGGUGCCCGAUCCCUCCUUUAUCUCCAGUCAAAAUGUUCAAGGAAGGUAGUGGAAAGAGGCAACCAGAAGAAAGAAGCCCAAGUUUGUGUUUGCAGAACCUGAAAUGAGCUGAUAGAAACUAGAUCAGUGGUUCUCAACCUGUGGGUUGGGACCCCAUUUGGGGUCGAACGACUAUUUCACAGGGGUCGUCAAACAAGGCUGUCCGCCAUUUUUUUCCCCUUUUCUUUGGCCAUGCCCCUGGCACUCGGUGAUGUAUAAGUGGUUGGGGGUCACCACAACAUGGGGAACUGUAUUAUGGGGUCGUGGCAUUAGAAAGGUUGAGAACCACUGAACUAGAUAGAUCCAGCCACUGGCAUAUCAUUAAGGAGUCAUCAUAGGAUGUUCACGCAAGAUGACUUGGGUCAGAAGAAGAAAAACACUACUGAUAAACUGGAAUUACUAAAGACAAAUACCUUCACAGGAAGCUGGGGAUGAGAUGAAGACACCAUUGUGAAAAUAUAUUCUCUAAAAAUCAUCAGCAGAAUAUCUUCAUGUUGCAGUUAAUCAUAAUUAUGGAUGACCCACUAUGGAGAGACUCUUGGCCAUGGGAAGGUGAUUCUGGCUGUUGCUCUUCUCUCAGCCCAACUUAAUCUGUCUUGAGCUGUAUAAUAUGAACAAAAGACUCUAUCUAAACUGUGAAGUGAGAUUAAAUAAUUCAGUUUAUACAGGAGACCGGGGGAGGAAACAGGUAGAUUUGGGAAGCCAAAUCAUGGAUAGACAACUUGUAAUCCAUAUAUAAUCCCCAACCACUUUUUGUGACUUAAAAUUAUAUUGCUUAAAUUUAACAAAACUCCGAUUUUCAGAAGUGCAAUUGAACAUGGGGGCUUUAAGCCUUCACUAAAUGUCAUGCAGCUAUUUUCUAUUAGUAUCCAUUAGUAUCCCUAUAAAAUUGGUACUUUGACAUCACUGUCAUGUCCCCACAACUGUUAAAAACUGAAGCGCAGUUCCCGCAGAAAAAAGAUUCUUCCUCAAUCCCCGCUUUGCAACACCUGUCAGAACUCAGGGUCCCCUUUUCUCAUUUAUUAUCUUUCAUCAGAUCUGUCCCCUACUCUCUCAACUAAUGUACAAUAAAAAUUUUCCUUAUACAAAGUUC